UACGUCAUCCCCCUGCGCAGAAAUAUCGAGGGGGGCGUUAUGGGACGCCGCCAUUGCAAAUGUCGGACCGUACAAUUUCAGACAGCAACGAUAUGAUAAACACAUCAAAAUCAUUUCCAUCGUAGCGUCUACGUACCAGCUCAAAGACUGUGUGUGAUAACUGUUUGUUCAUCUAAGCAACCAAGGGGAUAUUUUGAGUCUUGAUUUCGGGGGUACCCGUGAGGGGAUUUCAAGACGCCGGUAAAUAUUAAUCCGGAAGUCAGACUUUUCCUAAACUAAUAACAUCAGCGUAGCGGUAUCUAAGAAAGCACUUUCACGAUGGGGACGAAAGACGACGAAUACGACUAUCUUUUUAAAGUUGUGCUGAUCGGAGACUCGGGAGUCGGAAAGAGCAACCUCCUGUCCAGGUUCACAAGAAACGAGUUCAACCUUGAGAGCAAAAGCACCAUCGGGGUGGAGUUUGCCACGCGGAGUAUUCAGGUGGACGGCAAGACGAUAAAGGCACAGAUCUGGGACACGGCAGGGCAGGAGCGGUACAGAGCUAUCACAAGCGCAUACUACCGAGGUGCAGUGGGUGCUCUCCUCGUCUACGACAUAGCUAAACACCUUACCUAUGAGAAUGUAGAACGAUGGUUGAAGGAACUACGAGAUCACGCCGAUAAUAACAUCGUUAUCAUGCUAGUAGGCAACAAAAGUGACCUGCGGCACUUGAGGGCGGUACCAACAGAUGAGGCCAAAGCAUUCGCAGAAAAGAAUUCACUAUCCUUCAUUGAAACCUCAGCUCUGGACUCAACAAAUGUAGAGCAAGCCUUUAAACAAAUAUUAACAGAAAUCUAUAAGAUAGUCUCACAAAAGAACAUACGAGACGGCGGCAACGGUGAGGACUCCCCUAGCUCCGACGUCAAGCCCAUCACGAUUCCUCCCACGACAGACCCCAAGUCCAACAGGGACAGGAGAUGCUGCCAGUCAAUAUAAUACAAGCAAGUCACCUUAAAACAAACCCACUUUCCAACUUCACAUGAUGAUGCUGUCCCCAGUCACAUCGCUAGAAAGGCCCCAGGCGGUUUACACAAAUACCCAUCUAGGGCUCAGAGUACCGUUUUGUCUCACGGAUUUGUGUCGCCCUAUGAUCCAUCAUGGUUUUUUUCUGAAAAAAAAUAUUGAUAUAGUUCCAUGCGUGAAGAAAACAAUCUGGUAGGACUUUUGCCUGAUUUGUUAAUUUUUAAACAUACCCCACACAUUUCUAAUGUAUGUAGUGUUCAGAUUAUCAUAGUGUACGGGACCAGGUAGGCCGUGCAAGAAGCAACAAGUGUAGGCAUGGGUACUUACAGUACAUAUACUGUUGACGACAGGGGGGGGGGGGGGAGGUAGCACCCGGACAUCAAUAUACGUGCUAAUUUAGUACCUUACAUCGCAACCGCAUACACUGUACCUAUUGUCAGUCUAAUCUUUUCACAUAUAUUGUAAAUAAGGGUAUAAACUUGUGUGUGUGGAGCAUACAAUUUGGCUUUUGGCCUAUGAUAGACAGCUCUUGCGUAUUACACCAAAACAACAUGCAAAACAAAGUAAGGACAUUUCCACGAGCCAUGUACUAGCUGUAAAAUAAGACUCGCCUAGAAGCUGUUUUAGUGCUGUACAUAAAAUAUUUAUGAUUGCCAUGUCCUGGACAGUGAUAAACAAAAGCUUUGCUAUCCAAUUUCAGGUUCAGAACCAAACCCAAUUCCCAUAUGCUGUUUAGUGCAGGUUAGUUUUGCCAAUAGACUGAGUGCAUUCAGCUGCCAUCUUGGAGGUGUGGUUUGUUAUGUUAAUUCAUUAACAAUCAAUGCACAAGAUGUCCACUUGUGUGUAUCCCUGCUAAACAAAAGUACACACCUCCAUUCAAGACGGCUGCAGUGCGAAUGAUCUAUGGAAACUGUUUGGCUCUGUUUAUGGAAACUGUAAGCAGUAAGCACGGUUGAAUGUAUGCUUACUUACCAGCACUGGUUGCUGAAAUUGGAAUAGCUCCAACGAUGCAAUUCUCCAAGCAAAGCUGCUUAGGCAACAAGCUUUUUUUUCAGUUAGCACAACGACACAUUGCAUCCUACAGUUGAGUGAGAUGGUAACAUGUUUAAAGCCACGUGGGAUCAUUUGCAAUCACUCGGAAAACUGCCUUCCGAUUUGAUGACAGAAACCUUGCUCAAGGUGAAGAUAGGACUGGCAUCUAAUGCCCUGUGAAAUUAGUCCCCCUGGAAUGGUAUCUAGUCAUACGAUGGAACUUGCGCCCGGAUGAUGUAAAUUUAAUGUUGGGUUUUGCCCUUAACUGACAUAUUUUACAAACACUGUAUACUCAGUGUUGUCCUGAGUAAUUGUGAGGACAGAAAGGAAAAACUAAGACAUCUGCACUAGUAAGCAGGAGGUCCUGGGUUUGAGUCCCACCCGAGUGAUUUUUCUUCUCGCAAUCAACUGGGACAACACUGAGUAUACAGUUUAUAUGAAGAAAGAAUACGUCGGUGAAGGCAAAAACCCAAUGUUGAAAUGAUUUCAUUUGCAAAAAAAAAAAAAAACUCUGGAAGUGGUAUUAAAUAGGGUGGCAGCAGACACACUUUUUUUUUACCUGCAUUAGUAACGGAAUCCAGUUACAAUAACCAACAAAUUAUGCCUACGUGUAUGUUUUCUCUGUUUUCUCAAAAUGUACAGAAGCUGAAACUUCAACAGGUUAGUUUUUAUACCCCCUUCUUGAGAUUUUUGAGUAAAUGUGUUGCUUCAAAUGAAAAAAAAAAUAUCACAAAGAGCCAAUAAUCCUUCAUGUAUGUAACUUUAAAAAAAAAAUCAAGUGCACUGUCUGGCACCUUUUCCCAUGUACUCAAAGUACAUGUAGGAUCUGGGCCAAGGAUUCAAAGGCUACAGACAUCCUAACGCUGAUCUCAGUUUAAAAUUCUCAAGCCGAGACCGUUGAUUGCAGAAUACGUACAUUGAAUAGCUUCAUACCUACAUGAACAUCCUGCCUCACAAAUACCUUUUCAUUUAGUCUCAUGUUGAUGACAGAGUAUGCACAUACAAUAAUUUAUUGUCUCUGCAGUUAAAUUUGAAGAAUUGAUACAUUAAGAGAAGUCCAUAGAAUGCUGAACAAUUGAUUAGUGUGAAAGGUGUUUCAAUUUGUAGCUGGGUUUGGCUAUGUAUGGUGAGAUAGCGAAUGUGUGGGUACAUGUUCUUUUGCAUACUCUAGCCGCUUGAAUAAUUUGCAGUGUUUUAGCUUGUGAUUUGGGUAUCUCCUAGCCCAGGAUUUGGCCUCUUUUGGGCUUCUUACGAUGUGACUUGUGAAGCGAAUUCUCCCGUUCUCUGCACAUUUAAAAAAAAAAGUAGAAACCAGCUUAAUAUUGUUUUUUUUCUCAUUCCUAAUAAAUUUAUAAUGUACAUAAACAUAAUACGUGUAGUAUACAAUAAGGGAGGGAUAACAACCAAAUUUAACAAAAAUGUUCUUAGUUUGUUUGAUUUGAUAUUCUUUUUAUUUUGAACGGUUGCUUUGCAUUAAGUGUAACUUUAUUAUUUGAGGAAUUAACCAUCAGCUUUAUGUAAUGUAAAACGUAAACAUUUUAUAAUAAUCUAUCAAUGUGCCUGCUGUACAUGGGGCUAGUAACUCUAGUAUCUGUUUUCGUUUGUCCUUUGGUUCCGUUAGCUCUUGUAUGUUCUGGUCUGUGCUCCUGAUCUGAAAAGUAAUGAUGGGGAAUUAUUUCUCAAAAAAAUCAUUUCAAAUUUAGAAUGUUAUCUGGUGGAGAUUCUGAAGCCAGUGUAGGAAAUAUUUGCAAUCCAUGUUCAGGGGCCCUUUGUGUACAUGCAGGAUUUAUACAGAGAAAUGACAAAUGGUAAAGAAAGCAUAAUAUCAAGACCUGUCUGAAGGAAUUUUGAAUGCUGGCAGAAGUCUGUGCAGUGUCCUACAUGCAUUGUUUUUGCAAGCACAAUUUGUGUGCUCACUUAAUCAUGAGUACAUUUUCUUGAUCAUAAGCAGUGGCCACCAAAAUAAGAGUAAGACAAGUAUUGCUUCAUGUACAACUUGAGCUCUCUACACUCUUGGAAUCAAAUAUUUGUGUACUUACAAAUGUACUUGAAAUUCUUGAAAGUUUAAUGGUACCAGGCCUUUGUUGUUUGUAUAGCCAUAUUGGUCUGGUACCUGUUGGUAAGACAUGGUCAUAGUGCUCAUUUCUAACCAUGGGUAUGGUCACCAGUCUACAUGUGGUCUUGUGGAUCUGAUUUGAGACAUUUUGUUUUUUUAGUUUGAAAAAAUACUUCAAAAAUGUUGUGUACAUUUCCUGUUGCAAUUUUUUUUCGCCAAAAAAAAAAUCCAGAAACAAAUUCUGACUAAUGACACAGGGGUUAUUGUUUCAGUGUCUCCGACCUUGUUAGGAUAAAAUGAAAACGCAUUUUUUUUUUUUAAUUUCAAUUUCAUAAUUUGAAUGAAUUAUUUUUGAUAUAUUAUUGAAAAAAAAAUCUUGGCAUUACUUGAUAGUUAAUUGGGGGAAAAUUCUCGGUGAGAUUGUUGACUUCAGACAAAGUUAAACAGAAUUAACAACCCCACAUGAAGAGGGUUGGAAUUAUUUGUGGAAAAAAAAAACAAUUGUAUGUUUGUGAAGCCAAGAUUUUGUUAAUCUGUAUGUUCAAAGGUGUGGUUAUAACUGAAGCAGAGUUCGUCUCGAACGAUGAAAUUAGAUUUUUAAAAACUAAUUGUCGCAGACAUUUCCAUUGUAAGGUGUAACGGUAGUAGAGACCGAUUUCUAUAUAAUGUAUUACAUUAAAAAAUAUAAACCGUAUUGUUUAGUACAGUACCACGCACCGUCUGAAAGGAUGUUUCGUUGGCGCUUGUUUUUUUGUUUGAAAGCGCUCAGCACCAAAAUGAACAUGAAUAAAAACGGUAAUUGUAUGAUGUAAUCAAA